AGGUUUUUCCCACACAAAACGUCCGUCGUCCUCAUCCGCUCGCUCAGCCAUCCAGAUUCCAGACCCAAGCUAGCCAACCAACGUGCCGAGCCGGCGGCAGCAAAAAUUGCUGCGUGCGCCCCGCCGCCUACACACGCAUCGCCAACCCCAUUCCCCAAGAAAACUCCAGAGAGCGAAGAGGGGGGGGGGGGGGGGGUGGAAGCGAAACGUAUUAAACUCACGCACGCAUCACAUGCGCACAGCCCCGGAGAAGUUCAAAUCCCGACUCACAAACCAAUUUCCCCAGCAUCGAAUUAUAGCGGGCGGGCCGCUUUUCCGCAACGGUUUCCCAAAUCCAAAUUCCGAAUUCCCAAUCCCGGUCGAAUCGAAGCGUCCGUCGUGGGUGAGGAGGGCGGCGCGGCCCUGCUAGGGUUUGGAGGCGAACGGCGCCGGCGCGGGGGCGGGAGGGGGAUGGAUCCGGAGCAGACGUUCCUGCGGGUGCACGCGCGCCUGUCGGGGAUGCUGUCGCAGCUGCUCACGCUGCGGAUCCGCCUCGCGCUCGAGUACCUCUACCUCGCCGGCGCCGUCGCGCUCUUCUGCCUGCUCGUCGUCAUGCACACCAACUUCGUGCAGCAGCCGGGCUGCUCAAGUGAGUUUUCAGGAAUUGAAUUUGGAGAAGUACAACUUGUCCAAAUCAAGAUUAUCAGUGGGGGACUAUGGGCUAGCAGAGGUGCUUCUUACAUCAUGGAUCUCCAGAACCUGGGACGUUCAGCUGAGAAAAUUUUAGAGGUUAAUGGUGAUAAGUUCAAUAUAUUGGCAUUUAAGUUUUGGUCAACCUGGGUUGACCCUGGAGCUAGAAGGAGCAAGCUAAUGUUUAGAACUUGGAAGGGAGACAAAGAAUUUGAGCCUCAAUCAGAGAAUGCAGCUGACACAACUGUUACCACGACUAUUCCAGGCGUACCAGACUUCAAGGCAGCUGGAGAGGAUUCUGUACACCAUCCUUUAUCUGCUAAGGAGUCAUCUAAAGCAGCAGUGACAUACUUUUUCAGAAAGUGGUACUUUCGUGUUGUCUCAUUCUGGAGGAACAUAAAGCAACUUUCAGAGAAUACCCUUCAGUUAAUGGUCAGAUCAAAUUGGAAUGACUUCCUCCGUAUCAUUAAGGAUCUUCAACUACCAAGCAUGGAUCAUCUUCUUUCGGUUAUAGUGCAGUGGUUUGAGAGAAGAAGCAAAGUAUUUGAGCCUACCUAUUUAUAUGGUGUGGAGAAGGGAUAUUUCUUGCUUUCAGAAGGGGCUAAAAUUCAUCAUGGUGUCCGAACAAUCAAUGUCACAAUUUCUGCUCAAAAUCCUUGCUUUGGAAAUAGGUGGCAGCAGCUUCUAAUAAACAGCAUUGUUGGAUAUGAUACUAUACUAACAAACAGCUUGGUGAAUUAUCCUGGUCAUGGCUAUCUAUACAACUUUCAGACGAAGGAGCUUUACGAUCUCAGUUAUGGACAUGAACCACCAGAGGGUCCUACAAGAUUUGGAGAUUACUUUGUGACAAAAUGUGGUGUCCUUCUAAUGUCACUCUUUGUCUUUCUCACAACCACCAUGUCUGUUUCAUUUACUCUGAGAGAAACACAAUCCCGCAUGCUUAGGUUCACAGUGCAGCUUCAACACCAUGCACGCCACCAACUGCCCACUUCUCACUUGAUAUUCGUGCAUGUCAUCGAAUCAUUGGUUUUUGUUCCGAUUAUGAUUGGGAUACUCUUUUUUCUAUUUGAGUUCUAUGAUGAUCAGUUGCUUGCGUUUCUUGUUUUGACUCUUGUAUGGUUAUGUGAGCUAUUCAUGAUGAUCAGUGUUCGGACAUCUAUAUCGAUGCAGUUCUUUCCACGCUUUUUCUUGCUGUAUUUUCUGGUUUUCCACAUCUACUUCUUCUCAUAUACUUAUGGCUUCUCGUAUCUGGCUUUCUCUGCUACGGCUGCAUUCAUGCAGCAUCUGAUAUUAUAUUUUUGGAACCGUUUCGAGGUGCCAGCUCUCCAAAGAUUCAUUCGGAGCCGAGCUCACAUUCACCAACAGACGGGUGUCCAGAUUACAUCCUCAACCAUCUACACAUCGACCUUACACAUUGCUAGGGUAAAUGUGAGGGACCCUGGCACAAUAAACAAUGGCCUUGGUGCUGCUCGUGAAGCAGAUGCUCUAUUGGUUCAGGAUGAGUCUACCAGGAACCAGCAAGAGGGUCAACAAAAUAGAAAUACCGAGCCAACAGCUAACAACCCUCUCCAAUAUCAAGACCAAAACCCUCAGCAAGCUGGAAACGCUCCUGCAGACUCGGGCUCCCUGAAUCCAUUUGGCUCCCUUUUACUGUGGUUGUUAGGAGGCGGUGCUUCUGAUGGCAUAGUUUCUUUCUUUUCUAUGUUCAGAGAUGUCCGAGAUCAUGGUCAAGAUUACACCGAUCCACCUCGGAAUGAAAAUGAUCAGGUGACAUAGAAUCAUGAAGAUGAAAGUGGAAGAGGAUUGAAGAUGAAAUGGUACUCAUGGUGGGUGAUUGGGUGUCAGUAAUCUAUUUUGGCUGAGCUGAUAUAAUACCUGAACCCCCUUCAAAAGGAUAAUGACGAAUACUGAUCGCAGCAUAUACAGACUGGUGUCGGCUUGACAUAUCAUGUAAGUUGGUAUCAUCUGUUCAUCCCUUUUUUAGUUAGUAGGUAAGGAUGUUGAGUUGCAUCUAUUCAUGGUAUAUGUACAUUCCCUACCGCCUGAAUGGGGAUGCCCAUUCUAGUCCUGUACAGAAAUGUUCUUCAAAGCAUUCUAAAUGUUGUGCAAA